AGACUUGCUGCAACUCAUUGGACAUAUCAGAGAACUUCUUAUGUUGUAUCUGAAGUUGUUAUCGCGAUUUUUGCAAUUAUUGGCAACAUUCUUGUGUUUCUUGUGUUCUUUCGAGAGUCAAAAUUAAGGCAUAAAAUUAAUUUUUACAUUAUUUCACUUGCGAUUGCUGAUUUUGGUAUUGGAAUGAUUGGAAUACCAUUUGGAAUAUCUGUGCUAUCAAUUGGAUUGCCAUACCAUUGUUCUCCAUUUCUAUGCAUUGUACCUAUUUCGAGUCUUUUGACGUUUUGCAACACAUCUGUUUACAGUUUGGUACUCAUUUCUGUCAAGCGUCUUAGAAUUUUGGCCAUGAACCACCCUAAGCCAAAAACCAAGUCCAUCAAAAAUAUUUCAAAAGAAAUUGGCAUGUGCUGGUUGAUUGGAUUUUUAAUUGGAUUCCUACCUACAAUUUGGACUGGCGAUACUGACAGCGAGUGUGCGCUUUUGAACGUUUUAUCCAAAGGAUUUAUUAUAUUUCGAUUUAUUUUUGUUGUCAUCAUUCCAUCUAUAAUAAUGUUUGUUGUCUACUUCAAUAUCUAUAAAAUUAUCAUCACGCAGUCACAAAAAACCUACAAACCUGAUGAAAUGAGAAAACAAAAAGCAAUGAACCGAGAAAUAAGGGUGACCAUCAGCAUUUCAAUGAUUGUACUGAUUUAUUGCCUGACAUGGCUCCCACUUCAACUUGUUUAUUUAAUAUCGGCUCUCUGUAAAAGUUGUAAUGCAAAAAAAUUCAUUACACUGACUGUUUGCAUUGCCCAUUUGAGCUCAGCAAUUAAUCCUAUGCUAUACGCUUAUCACAUGAGGGAUAUUAGACAUGCGAUUUUUAGACUUUUUCGGUCUGAUUUGUCAGAAACUUCGACGUCAGUUCGAAAAUCGUCUGUUAUGCGGUCGGAGAGCAAUGCUCGUAGUUUAAGGGUUGUAAGUUUGUCUGUUGUGGAUAAAUAAGUCA